AUGGCUUCUGGAUACGGUCUCAACGGCGGUCCCGGCCGCUGCUAUCCCUUCUGGCAAGAGGUUCUCGGAUGCUACGUUGUGAACUCUGGCGAGGGUGAGACUGGAAAGAAGAAGUGCACCCCAGCUCUGGACGACUACUACGAGUGCCUCCACCACCGCAAAGAGGCCCUGCGCACAAUGAAGAUGCAAGUUGCCUUCCGCAAGGCCGAGGCUGCCCACCCUCGUGAGAAUGCCCCCAAGGCAGAGCAGAUCCGCAGUUUAGGUCUGCUUGGGAAGGAAGAGGAGGCGACUUCUGUGAUUUCGCAACUGUGA